AUCCCUGUAACAACAAGUGAUACAGACAAUCCCUUCUUAAGAGAUAACUACUGAAAAUGAAAAAACUGCCAACUUUGGAAGACCAACUCCCUAUGUUUAUUCCGAGGCGGUCACGAUCGCCCGCAAUUGAAAUUUGUGUCGCUUCGUUUGAAGUUUGUAAUGCAAAAAAUGAUUGAUCAAAGUUUCUUUUCCCACCAGGCAAGCCUGCUUCAGCCGUAUAUGUAUAAUGGAAAAAGGACCGUUAUAAAUCAUGUCUAAAUGGAGCACAUUCACACUGGACAAAAGCUUACCAUAUACUGCAAUGACAUGUCGCUCCAACUCGUCAAUCGGAACGCAUGAUGCUUUCAGCCUCUUUAAAGAACUCGUCUACAUAUUUGAAGAGAACAGCACCGUUCGCUCGACGAACCUUCAGCACUCAGUUACCACUUUUGCAAAGAGUAUCUGGUGUUGAAACUGUCAAAAACUAUAUCAAUGGCAAAUUUACAGACUCAAAAACAAAUGACUGGAUUGAACUUCGUAAUCCUGCUACCCAAGAAUUGAUCGGUUACGUUCCUGAAACUACACAAGAUGAAUUAAAAGAAGCUACUGAAACUGCCGCGGCUGCAGCUAAAAAAUGGAGACAAACAACUGUGUUAGCUCGUCAGAGAGUUAUGAUGGACCUGCAAUAUUUGAUCCGCUUAAAUCAAGACAAGAUUGCAGAAAACAUUGUUCAAGAACAGGGUAAAACAUUUGCGGACGCUAAGGGUGAUGUUUUCCGUGGCCUUCAAGUUGUUGAACAAGCAUGUGCACUUACCACACAUUUGAUGGGCGAGAAAUUAACUGUAGCUAAGGAUAUGGAAACUUAUAUGUACCGUGAGCCCUUAGGUGUAGUUGCUGGUAUCUGUCCAUUCAAUUUCCCUGCGAUGAUCCCUCUUUGGAUGUUCCCUUUGGCUAUUGCUGCCGGUAACUCCAUUAUCAUGAAGCCUUCUGAACGUGACCCUGGAGCCAUGAUGAUGCUGGCAAAGAUUGCUGCUGAAGCCGGUAUUCCUGAUGGUGUUUUGAACGUUGUUCAUGGUUCUGUUGACUGCGUCAACUAUAUUUGUGAUGAGCCUCAGAUCAAAGCUAUCUCUUUCGUCGGUUCUGAUCGUGCAGGUGAACAUAUUUACAGCCGUGGUAGCGCUAAUGGUAAGCGUGUUCAAGCAAACUUGGGUGCUAAAAACCAUGCUGUUUUGCUUCCUGAUGCCAACAAACAGGCUGCUCUGAAUGCAAUUGCUGGCGCUGCUUUCGGUGCUGCUGGUCAAAGAUGUAUGGCUCUUAGUACCCUCAUUUGUGUUGGCGAGACAAAAGAUUGGUUACCUGAGUUAGCGGAACGUGCUCGUAACUUGAAGGUGGGCUAUGGUAUGGAUCCUGAUACAGACGUUGGUCCUCUCAUUACCGUCCAGUCAAAGGAACGUGUGGAGAGACUCAUUCAAAGUGGUGCCAAUGAAGGCGCUAACUUACUACUAGAUGGCCGUGGUGUUACUGUGAAGGGUUAUGAAAAGGGUAACUUUGUCGGUCCUACUUUAUUGACAGAUGUAAAGACACAUAUGGAAUGUUAUCGUGAGGAGAUCUUUGGCCCUGUUUUGGUCUGUUUGAACGUUGACACAUUGGAUGAAGCGAUAGAAUUGAUCAAUAAGAAUCCUUAUGGUAAUGGCACAGCUGUUUUCACCAAUUCCGGUCCUUCUGCUCGUAAAUUUGAACAUGAGAUCGAUGUUGGACAAGUCGGUAUCAACGUUCCUAUUCCUGUCCCUGUUCCACCUUUCUCUUUCACAGGUAGUAGAGGCUCUAUCCUAGGAGAUAUGAACUUCUAUGGUAAGAGUGGUUUGCACUUCUAUACUAAGCCUAAAACCGUUACAUCUUUAUGGAAGGAAAGUGACUCCUCCCAUUCACGGGCUUCUGUAUCUAUGCCUACUAUGCGAUGAUCAAAAAGAACAACUUUUCCGUCCCCU